AUGGAUAACGCAAAUUUAGAAAAUUUAAUUGAUAAUUUAGUACUUAAUCAAAAUUUUCUUAAUUAUUAUGAAUUAAAAUCAUAUCUCCAAAAACAUAAUAAUAAUAUAACGGGUGAUGAUAUGGAUUAUUAUUAUUCGUAUUAUAAAAAUGAAAUUUUGAAAUAUCAUGAUAAAAUAAUUUCUGAAAUUAAAGACAAAAUAAUUUCUGAAAUUAAAGACAAAAUUAAAAAUAAUGAAUAUACAAAGGAACAAAAACAAAAGAAGAAAAAGCCGAAAACAACACCAAAAGAGAAAGUAGCAAAUGUUCAACAGCUAAAGGUGCAAAACGCCCAGGUUCUUCAGACCAUAAAUGAAGCACAAGCUUUAAUUUAUGAUUCAUUAGUUAAACCAUAUUCAGCCCGACUUUUAAAUGAAGAUCAACUUUUGGAAUUCAUCCUUCAACAUAAACUCGAAGCGGGAAAGUAUAUCAAACCUUUAUAUACAGCAUAUUUAAAACAAAUGAAUAGAAUACAUCCAGAAUUAAUGAAGGGAGGAAUGAAAUCCAAAACUUCAUCAUCCAAAAUCAAAGCAGAUAAAAUUAAACCACCUGCAACACCAAAACCUCCAACGACAGUACCUCCUCCUCCUUCAGUUAAUCCUUCAUCAUUCACUUUAUUAUAUCCAUUUCAAUCACCAAAGAAACAAAAAGAUUUUAAAAAGGAUUUCAAGAUAUUAAAUAAACCAAUUGACCCGAAAAUUCAACCGUUAAAGGAAAAAUUUAGUCGCCCUUCAUUUGCACCAUAUCCAUAUUCAUACGAAAUCGAUCAUCUGGAAUAUUCAAAAGGAAACGUUACUUAUUUAUUCGCCAUUAACAUUAACACUAGAUAUUUAUAUUGCAUUCCGGUGAAAGGGAAAACAAAACAGGAAACAAGAAGAGCUAUUCAAUACUUACUAGAUCAUGAAAGAGUAGAUAAUAUAAGGAUUGAUGGUGAUAAAGGAUUUCAGGCAACUAUGGCUCGUUAUUUCCCACAAAUUAAUUUUUACUUCUCAUCUUCUCCAUAUACGUUUCAUAAUAAAAUAGUUGAUGCGGUAAUGAGAACUCUUAGAGAUGCGUUAGGGGUUAACGGUCGGAUAUACUGGGAUGGAAAUCAUGACUCCAUCAUACAGCAGUUAGUAUAUUAUUACAAUAAUACAUGGCAUAGAACUAUAAACAUGAAACCAGUGGAAAUGAAAAAUGAUAUUUCAAAAGAAUGGGAAUAUAUUAGAAAGCAAAUGGAAAGGUUAAAUGAUGUUAAACGUGAACAAAUUAAUUCGGGGCUCAUGAAUUUUAAACAAGGGGAUAAAGUUUUGAUUCAUCUCGAUUAUGGAAAAACUAAUAAAUCAAUGACAAAAAGAAGACGAAGAUUUGACACAAUAGCUGAAUUUGUUAGAUAUAUUAACGGCAAUGCAUUAGUUGAAGUUGACAAUAAAUUAAUAGAAAUUCCGAUUUAUUUUAUUACUCCAUUAUAUUUAAAUAAUAUUUAA